AUGGCAACUUCAAGCAACAAAUCAAACACCUUUUGGAAAUCAGUUUGCUCAUCUUCCCCUUCUUUGCCAGGUCAUCCACCAUUCUCCUCCACUGAAGCUCUGCCACCUGGCCGUUGUCACCGUCUCCAAGCCCGGCGAUUAUCUCGUGCGGAAGCAAUGCUCCGGCGGCAAUCUUGGCCUCACCCUUAUCCACCUUCUCGAGAUACUCUCCGAACCUUUGCUGAUCAUGCUCCAGAAACACCUGCUUGUACAUUUUCGUGGCAACAGAGGACACCCUGCCGUAAGGGAGAGUACUCCACUGUUUCGCGCUCAUGUAGAGCUCCGGCAGCUCGAGGGCUUUACGAAGCGGGACAAGCACUUGCUUACUGGGCCUCCUCCACUCCUUCGUAUUCCGGAAAUUCCUCCCUCGGGAAGACUUUCUUGGCAAUGGGCUCACAAAGCAGAGUCACCUGGUCGUAUGAGGAGUCGAGGGAGGGGCACCACUUAGCGGCAAGGCUGAUUUUGUUCGAUUGGCCGGAGUUUAGCAUCUCCAUGUCCGACCGCAAGCACAGGGCAAAUUGCUCGGCCGGUUGGAUCUCCUCCUCAUCCGACCUUGGGUCUUCUUCCUUAUGCCGCCAUAUUGUGGGGCCAUCUGUUUGGGUUUUUUGGCCUGCCGGCGUUUGGCAAGCUCGCGAGCCCGGCGUGAAGCCCUCGAUUUCCAACUCCGUAGCCGAACUUAGCCAGGGGGGCGACGUUGCAGGCAAGGGUCUUGGGGUGGUUCUUGUGGAUCCACAGCGCCGCCGUGUAGCCGCCCUCCCUGUCGGUCUUGCCUGUGCCGCGAACGCCUCGGAGGUUGCAGACGAGCUUCAGGGCCUUCAGCGGGUCGUCUUCCCAGGCGAGCUUGAGGCGCUCUGCGAGGGCCUCCGGCGGCGUGUCGGGGACGAUGUGGAAGAAGAAGUCCAGGCACGGGUUUCCGGAAGAGAGGAAGGUCGGCGAGAAGUUCUCGGUGAAUCCCAUGGGUGGGAGGGGGGCCGUGGCCGCCGUCUUGUUGAAGUUGGCCACCAUGAGGUCCAUGAAUGGAUCUCCCGUGGCGGCGGGNAGGGGUAG